UAACGUCACACGGACUACAGGGGAGUUUUGUUGAAGUUGCAAAGUCCUGCAGCCUCCAGAGGGCUGUCGGCGCAGUAGCAGAGAGCAGCAGACUCCGCGCGCUCCAGAGACCGGCAGUAGAGCGCGAGGCAGCGCGCGCCAGCAGCAGCCACCGGAGCCCAACCAGGACCACAGCCCUCCCCAGGCGGCCGCGCCAUGGAACACCAGCUCCUGUGCUGCGAAGUGGAGACCAUCCGCCGCGCGUACCCUGACACCAACCUCCUGAACGACCGAGUGCUGCGAGCCAUGCUCAAGACCGAGGAGACCUGCGCGCCCUCCGUGUCUUACUUCAAGUGCGUGCAGAGGGAGAUUGUGCCGUCCAUGCGGAAAAUCGUGGCCACCUGGAUGCUGGAGGUCUGCGAGGAGCAGAAGUGCGAAGAGGAGGUCUUCCCUCUGGCCAUGAACUACCUGGACCGUUUCCUGUCUCUGGAGCCCCUAAAAAAGAGCCGCCUGCAGCUGCUAGGGGCCACCUGCAUGUUCGUGGCCUCCAAGAUGAAGGAGACCAUUCCUUUGACCGCCGAGAAGUUGUGCAUCUACACUGACAACUCUAUCCGGCCCGAGGAGCUGCUGCAAAUGGAACUCCUUCUGGUGAACAAACUUAAGUGGAACCUGGCCGCCAUGACUCCCCACGAUUUCAUCGAACACUUCCUCUCCAAAAUGCCAGAGGCGGAUGAGAACAAGCAGAUCAUCCGCAAGCAUGCGCAGACCUUUGUGGCCCUCUGUGCCACAGACGUGAAGUUCAUUUCCAACCCGCCCUCCAUGGUGGCUGCCGGGAGCGUGGUGGCUGCAAUGCAAGGCCUGAACCUGGGCAGCCCCAACAACUACCUGUCCUGCUACCGCACAACGCACUUUCUUUCCAGAGUAAUCAAGUGUGACCCGGUCAAGGCCCUGGCCACUAGCCUCUGGCUAAACAAGGACCCCCUCCAUCUCCGCCUGCCUCUCCAGGACUGCCUCCGCGCCUGCCAGGAACAGAUUGAGGCCCUUCUGGAGUCCAGCCUGCGCCAGGCCCAGCAGAACAUCAACCCCAAGGCCACCGAGGAAGAGGGAGAAGCAGAGGGAGAGACUGACCUGGCCUGCACACCCACCGAUGUACGAGAUGUGGACAUCUGAGAGCCACCGGGCAGGCGGGUGCCACCAAGGAGUGGCAACCCGCGAUGAGGAAGGAGCCAGCCCGGGGUGCUCCUAAUGAUGUCCCUCUUGGGGACAUUUUGUUACCAGAAGGGGAAGUUUUGUUCUCUUUGUUGGUUGUUUUUCUUUAAUCUUUCUCCUUUCUAUGUGACUUAAGCAAAAGAGAAAAAAUACCUGAAAGCUGUCUUAAAGAGAGAGAGAGAGAGAGAGAGAGAGAGAGAGAGAGAGAUAGAAUUUGCAUCACCCUGAGUGUAGGGCAGAGGGGAUGCUACCAAAAUAGGAUUUUAUACCCCAGUAAUCAACUAGUUUUUUAUUAAUGUGCUUGUCUGUUGUAAGAAUAGGAUUAACACACAGGAAGUCUACAGAAGGAUUUUGAUUUUAUGUGUUUAAAAGGCUUAAGAAACAUUGCUUUAAAAAAGAAGGAAAAAAAGGCAAAUAGAGCAAACUUGUUGAAAUAGAAGAGAGUUUUAGGUAGAGAUGUACUCGCUUUGCUGAAAGGCACACCUCACUCCUGCUUGCUCAGUGCAGCCACUGCUAGUCACCUGUUUCCUGUGUUUUAUCCCAGGGAUGGGUAGACCUCUUCACCAGCAAUGCGACCUCUAGUGGUCUCGAGAUGUGUGGCACCCCCCCGGGCUCAUCUGUGCCCUCUCCUAACCUGCAGGUUCAUAGCAUCAGCCACACAGCGGUAGGUGUCCCACUCUAUGCAGUGUGCUCCAGUAGAGGGGAUAAGAUAGUGACAUCAUAUAUUCUAUUUUUGUAACCUUCCUAUUUUGUAGUUCCUGUUUAAAGAGACGCUGGUUUUUGCCUGGCGGCCCUGCAGCCCACUCACAUCAGGUUAAACCCACAGCUUUUCUUUCGUGUGUGUGGUUCUGUUUUGUUGUGUUUUCCUUCUCCGUGUUCCAAAUCAUUCCAUUUCAAAGCACUUUCGGUCAGCUAGCUGGAGGCAGUGUUGCUGGUAUGUGUGUGAGGGGGGAGUUCCUGAUGGAAUGGUUGGAGGAUAUCCACACAUUCAUUCAGAUGGCUGCACAGUGGGUGUGUGGCACAGUAGGGCUAGUAGCAUGGGGUGCUUGGGAAGUUUUGUUGGGUCAAGAAGAGAGAGCUCUGUUCUUGCACCGCCAGGAUCUGUCCUACAGAGGAGUUGAGUUUAAGGGAUCCUUUGGUGCCAGCUAGUGUUUGGAAGUAGGAACUAUGGUGGCGUUACCUGGACAGUGAGGAGAUUCUGGAUGACUUUUUUAAAGUCUUUCAUACAGGAGGCUUUUAAACACUAAAAUGUCUAAUUUAUACUUAAGGCUACAGAAGAGUAUUUAUUGGAAAGGUUGCCCAUGGCCAGUGUGAUUUUAUAAAGCAAUGUGAUCUCCCUUGAUUCAAACAUACACCUUCUGCCCUUGCUGGUGAAGGUUUAGUGCCAUGUUUGAGAGAUUGGUCUUUUAUGGGUAAGGGGGGCAUUUUCAAAAACUACAUAAAGACGGGCAUUUGGUUUGCUUAACUUUCCAAACCCAAACGGCCCCAUUGGAGAGCCAUCCAAACUGAGGAAAACUGGGGGGUCCCAAAUGAGUUGGAUUCCGGCACAUUCUUGCCGCUGCCACCCCUGUCCCCCACAACAGUAGGUAAUUCGUAUACCUGGUUCUGUGCUUUUCUAUUUAGGAAGUGUUGAAGGGAGGCGGGAGAGGACGCGAGGGAAGAAGUGUGGAGGGUAGGGACCACAUGGGACAGACUGCGGCUCCUGCUGCUACCGAUGACGCCCCACAUCCCAGACGUUCAGAACCAGACUUGUGUCGCUUUGUGUCUUUCACAUUGUUUUCGCUGCUAUUGGAGGGUCAGUUUUGUUUUGUUUUGUUUUGUUUUUUACAAUGUCAUAGACUGCCAUGUUCAAGUUUUAAUUUCCUCAUAGAAGAUUGUAUUUACAGAUGCCCUUUUUUUGUACUUUUUUUAAAAAAUUGUGAUCAAUUUUGGCUUAAUGUGAUUACCGCUGUAUUCCAAAAAAACAACAACAACAACAAAAAACCACCAGGUUCCUGUUCACAAUACCUCAUGUUUCACCUAGCCAUGCACGGGCCUAGCAGGCAGGUGGUCUGCCUCCAGAGACUGGUCUGGUGGGAUCAUCCUCCUACACCUGUCAUGCUGGGCCCUUCAUUUGAUCUGGGACAUAGAGCAUCACAGCAGUCGGGACAACUGUAUUUUUCUUUGUUAAUUAUCAAUAUUGUUAUUUUUGUAGCGGCCUGUUGUGCAUGCCACCAUGCUGCUGGGCCCGGAGGAAUCAGUUCUGAGUCUCCGGUGCAUCAUUGAUUCUGUUAGGUUCUAGUGUUCUGUCUUGUUUUGUGUUAAUUACAGCAUUGUGCUAAUUUAAAGACUUCAGCCUUGGCAAAGCCAGCUCCAGUGCUGCAGGCCUCCAAAUUCCCUAGCUAGCUGCCAAACCAAAAUGGUCACCUCCACGGUCACCACCAGCCUAGCUGAGGCAUCUGAACCGGGCAGGACCCUUGAGGCCCACUGUGUUCAUGGUGAUGGGUGAGGGUCUGGCCAAAAGGCCAAAGGCUGGUGGUGGGUCCACGGAGUCUGCCCUGUGACAUGAAAGGCUUUGAAGGGGCUCUGGCUGGUGGCCAGGUUGGGUUUGUGUAUUUCUGGUUGACAUACCAUGGCGCUUCCCAGCACGGACAUGUGACCAGCGUGGUCCAG